AUGACCACCUACAUAGCCGAACUAUUUGCCCUACUCAGAGGGCCGAACCGUGCAUCCUCGAGUUCCAUGCCUGCUUCGGGACAAGGUCCAACAGUCGACCCAACCUCUUGGAUUCCGCCGACCCAAGUUCCGAAAAGAAUUGAUGCUCCUGCCCCGCCAACAACGUACAAGUCCACGAUUCACCCGUUUACCAUCCCCUUUCUGCCGCCACCAGCCCCCACAGCCGUCCCUCUUCCACCGGCGGCAUUCCUAGCUUCGAAUCAGGCCCUGUCUGCGCCACCACCUGUCUCCAUGCCGGCCACAGCUGCAGUCUAUACCGUCCCUCCGCCGAUGGUUUUUCUAGCAUCAAGUGUACCUGCUCCAGCUCACCUUCAAGCCGCAGAACCUCCUCUCUACCCGUCUCUACAACCCCACACUAGCCUCCCCUACCAAGCACUGCCUCCCAUAAACACCACUUUUCUUGAACCGGGCACACCCACUCACGCGGCCCAGUUUGCUUCACCAACGCACUUUUUCCCCGAGGCUGACACCAAGCAGGAACAUAGAUUGAAGAGAAUGGAAGAGACAAUACGGGCCCUGCAAGCAAAUGAUACUCGCCCCAAUGCGAGCUAUGGCAACUGUAGUCUCUUCCCAGACAUGCGGCUACCCUCGAAGGUUAAGAUCCCGGAGCUUAGGACUUACAAAGGCACGACAGAUCCACGACAUCAUCUUCGUAGGGUAAGAUGCUAUAGUACUGGGAUUACGAGGAAUUCGUUAUCUACUCAUUUCAAGACAGUCUGA